UCAGACUCGCUUUUCUGUCCCUCUCACAGCUCCGUCCCUGGCUGCGGCUGUGCCCUGCUGACCGUGGGCACGAGGCGGUUACUCUCCCACUGUCAGGGCACUGACCCCCUCUCCCUCCCUUUCUCUCUCUCUCUCUCUCAUUCUCUCUUUCUUUCUCUGUCCCUCUCUCUCCCCUGCUCUCUCUCCCUCUCCCUCUGACUGCUGCUCAACAUCCUAAUGCUCUUCUGCACAAGAUGGCGGAGCCGAGCAUGGAGAAGGACGCAAUAAACACCGAAGAUGACCAUCUUAACAAUUCAUUAGGAGACCCUGGCUUGAUCUCCCCUGACAAAGAGGAUAUCUCACGGAUUCUGACGGUUCCGUUCAAAGGACGGAUCAGAGGUGGGAUGAGGCCAGGGAAGAAGAUCAUCGUCAUGGGCAUUGUGGAUCCAGAGCCAUUCAGUUUUGAUGUCAGUCUGACCUGUAGCUGCAGUACAGAGAAGAAUGAAGAAGAGCUCACAGAUGUGGCCCUGAAACUUAGCGCCAGAUUUGCUGAACGGCAGUUCCUGCGGAAUGCGAGGAUCUCUGGCAAGUGGAGUGAAGAAGAGGCUGCCAUUCCAUACUUCCCUUUCAUUCAAGACCAGCCGUUUAGGAUUGAGAUCCAUUGUGAACACCAGCGUUUUCGGAUCUUUGUGGAUGGACAUCAGCUGUUUGACUUUUAUCACAAAGUAAAGUCUUUGUUGACCAUUGAUAUGAUCAGGAUAGAUGGGAGUCUACAGAUCACCAAGCUAGGCUAAAUCCCAGCACACCUGAGCAUGCUCCAGAGAGAACUUCUGACAGGGGACCAAGCCCACCUGCGUGUCGCAAGGCAGUGACAGUGAAGGCCUCUGGGCUUGUGCUCCCGUAAAGACAUCAUCACCGCCUAUAUUUCCUCACUCUGUUCUUUCUUUUUCCUUAUCCCCUUCUUCCAGCUACACAUUGAAGGUUGAAAUGUAACAGGUGAAUGGUUGCAAUGUCAGCUAUGUGUCUUUUUGGAUGUUCCUGAAAUCACAACUGUAGCUUAUUUUGUUUUUGUGUAGAUUAUGUUUCAGGGACCGUGUGUAAUUGUAUGCACUCUGCGGUACGACACUGCGCCAGGGGAAUCUUGCUGCUCCAAAAAAGGUACUGCCUAUUCAUAGUUCUGCGCAGUGCUGGUGAAAACUUUCAGGGACUCAGGAAAUCAAAUAUGGUAUGUGUGUUUAAAAAUAUAAAGCAAAAUGAGUAAACAGGAGGACUGGAAAUGCUCAUGGAAAGUAGUCUCAAAUGUCUUUGGAUUGCUAUAGUCAUAGAUUGCUCUAAGCAUUUGUCGUUCCACCCAGAUUUGGUGUGUUGCCUGUGUCUGUGAUUUAUAUCAGCUUAAUGACCUAAAUAAGAGGCAGUGAGGAUUAUUUGGUGAGCUCUACGUUGCAUAGAAUCAUCUACGAUUGAUGAUUAUGUAAAUACCUUAGCUACACUGGGCAACUGCUGUUCAUUGCAACCAUUCUUUUUUCUGGGAAUAAAUAUCUUGCACUGACUUAAUGUAGAAUGUAGUACAUACAGAUUUUUGUUUUUAUUUGAGUUAGGUGUUUGAAUACCAGAAAUUAAGAACUGGUCAAUGAAGUUUGCAAGAUCAUACAAGCCAUUGAAAACAAUAACAAGCAAUCUAUUACAACCAAUCUAAGAAUUAAAAAAAUUAAUACAAGGUACAAGAUUACAAAGUGUACAAAGCCCAUGGUAAUUUUUUUGUGAAUUUAUGUUAGUCAAAUAGCCGUUUUGCCUGUUUUUUCAUAGGAAAAAAAUCGACUUUGCAAAAUGUACACUUACAAAAACUCACCUCCUGAUGUUUACAUUCUCUGUUGUUUCCGCUUAGUGGAAAUUAUGUCUGAAGUAAAAUAGGGCUGAAUCGUUUCUUGAAUGUAACGUUAUGAACUCGAUAGCUAAUAGGGAAGAAGAAGCAAGCUUAGCUAUAAAGUAUCUUAAUUAAUAGCACUAAUCCAUAUUGUUUAUAUUAUAUAACUUAACCUUUGUGUCAUUCCGUACACAGUUAUGUCUUGGAUUACAAUGCCAAGGGGUGGCCUGUGUUCAAUAGCUGUGUCUUUCUCUCUGCUUUGUUAUAUUCAAGAUGUCUUUGAUAUCUUUCUACUCUUCCCUGAACUUUAAGCACCCUGUGGGUUUUCCCCCCAGAUGGAAGGGCAUAUGUUCCCAUAAGUGUUUUUUAUCACCUCUGCAUCUGCUUACAUAUAGAAGAUUAUGGUAAUUAGUAUCAGCAUCAUUUGUAAGCUAUUACUAAUUAUCUACCAUAACCCAAGGCACAGACUGAGUCUCAUGUCUCAAGCAAAAGUACAGUAUUCUUGUCAUAUAAGGGAUGUCUCUGAAGUUCUUCAUUGAUAAGUAUUUUAUUGGGGCACUGCUAUAUAUAUCUUUUAGGUAUCUAAAGGGAUGUGACAUGCCUCCCGUAAACAGAGUAAAGACUAAGAUCGUUAAGCUGUAAGUUUUUUUUACUCUUAAGCUGUACGUUUUUUUACUCUGCUGAUGGUCACUCUGAACUGAAUGACCCUAUCAGAGCACAGAAUGAGACUCAGAGCUCUUUAUCCAGCUGAACUCAGAUCGAUUGUAUUCACAUGAAAUUUAUGGUUUAUGAUGUAUUGAUUUAUUUGAUUUGUGGUUUAUUAGCAGGCUUUGCUCUGCAGGUGCUUAAACCUACACUUUAACCUAAAGAGUCAUGUAGCAAUUGUCCAGUUUGUGCCAUAAAUUGGUGUUCUGGCAUUGCUUCGUCAUCUUAAGCAAAGUAUUUUGCAGUGGUACCAGUAAUUUAGCAAUACAAGAAUAUGGCCAAUUUAUUGGCCACACUUUUGUUUCUUUUCUUUCUUUUAUCAGCAGUUCAAAUAUCAGUCUUCCACAAGCAAACAGAUUCUGAUGUGAGGUAUGACUAAAGGAUGAGGUCAAUGAUGGAUAGAGAUGAGGUCUCCUAUGGGUUUUAGAGAUUUUCUGUCAUUUUUACUUAUUUUUAUCUUUCUUUAUACCGAUCUUACAAUGACUAAAGUUGUUCGACAUAGUUUCCACAUAGGAGUGUGCUUUGGGGUAGCAGAAUCCCAGUGCUUACUGUUUCCUCUGCAAUUAUGAUAAAUUAUGAUGUUUAUAGCAGGAAGUUAGAAGUGAAAGAGGUUUGUUGUGUAACCACCGAAAGAAAUCGAUUAGAAAGUGGAAUUAUGGGCCCAUUUUAGGUGGAAAAAUAGCAUAACUAUGUGGAACAACUGAAAAAGGUCAGUAGAUAGGAAGUAAGUUCAUUAUUAUUAUUUUUAAUUUAUGAGAAUAUCAGAUGUAUGGACCAUCACCAUGCACCUGAACAGUAUUGAGGUUUAAUCGUUCUUCAUGUGACGUAUUACUUUUAUGCAUUCCAUCUGGUGCUGUUUGCUUGUUCAGAAAUGAUUGUGUUUGAACCAGCACAUCGCUCUUGGUACCAUUAAUAGUGUAUGGCUGCUGUGUGAGGCCAUCUGAAGGACACUGUGCCCUGGAGGAACGGGGAGGGACUGAGCUGAUCUGUAUCUCAUAGACAGCUUAGUGAAGAGUAUGAGAGCCGAAUAAAGAGAAUCCGUUUUUAAAGUGACGGCUCAGUAAAAUUGUACAAAAAAGACAGCUCUUUUGUACAAUGACAGCCAUCACUCAGAACCCCUCAUCUCUUGAUUUCCCUUAUUUCCCUUCAAAACUACACAGUAAUUUUGGAUCCAGUGUUUUGCUUAAGUGCAUGGGCUGUUCUCUGCUCCCUGUGAUCCAGAUUGUCCUCUAGGGUCAACAGAUGUUUAGCCAGUGCGUUGUUUUUUGACUGUAGUGUAAAAUUCUCUGAACAGAUUUGAAUGGAUUUGACCUGAAUGCCGUUGUCCCUUAUUGUAGACUAUUGUGUUCAUGACUUUGGAUGUACAUAAUAUUGAACAGGGUAAGAGUGAGUUCAUUUUCUAUUUAAUGUCAUUGAGAGUGAGUGACAGUGUGUGAGAUAUUUAAUCCAAGUGUUUCUAGCUUAAGUCAUCAUGCUUCUAGUUGCAUAACUUUCUUUUAAAUUACAUAGCAUGGUAAUUAAGACAUUUUUCUAGCAGAUGUUUUGUAGUUUGCCAUUUCGCUACUGUGCUGAGGAAGAGCCCAAAGUGUUGAUUAUUUGAUUUUGGGUUUAUUUCACAUGUAUUUACACAGUGGCCUAUUAUGUAGAACUAGAUUGUGCUGUCAGACAUGUUAAGUGUGGUUGUACAAUCAAUUUGGAAAGUUAAUUGAAUGCCUGAGGUGUAGACAUUGGCUCUGUGUGUUCCUACAGCUGCAAUUUUAUUUAAAGAUGUGCCUAUGGAAUAACGGCUUUGGUGUUUGGGAUCCAAAAUUUUAACUCUUACCAAAUUAUAUCACCAAUUGGCUUAGAGUUUCUUGAGCACUUUCCAAGCUAUGCUUAGGAUGUGUAAGAAAUAAUACUGAACUUCUGUAAUGUAAAAGCACUUUUUAUAAUGUAUGUGUUGACUAAGUGCAGCCAUUGUAAAAUAUCAAAUAAAAAUCACACACAUUUCCUGA